AUGAGUAAGAUACAUAUGAAGGAGGACCCUGAAGAUCAGAGAUCAGAAUUGGUUUCUCAAAGUGGGGAUGUGGGAAGGUCUUUCUUAAUCCCAGGGGUUAUAACAAAGGGUAUCAAGAAGCUUUCAAAAUCUACUUCAAUAUUAAAUUUUGCGCUGAUCGCUGAACAAGAUACUGCAAACAAACAAGCUUCAUACCAAGAAACAGUUCCCAAAUUUCAAGCCAUUAGCUAUGCUUCAGUACUAUCAAAGAAAGACGAAAGGCAGCUUGAAGUAAUACGACAGGACUCAUCCAGCUCAAUACUAUCAAACGAACAUAAACCAAUCAGAAAUGAAUUAUAUGAAAACAGUGUUAUUAGUAGUGGUGCUAGUUUUUCAUCGCUUGAUCCAAAGAAUAAGUCAUUAAGCCAUGGGAAUAUAGAUCCCCAACUAUCAAAAAUUGGAUUGAAUCUAGUAGGUCAUGCUUUGUCAAUGGAUGAUUUGACACCACCUCCUGAUUUGAACAAAAUAAUACUUAAAAGUUCUAAAGCAGCACGUUCUGAAAGCUCGCUUCUAUUGCAAGAGAAUCAUAAUGAAAUUAAUGACGAUAAAGAUCAAAGAAAGCUGUCUGCUCACAAAGAGGCACCUCCUCAUGUUUCACAAUUACCUGAACAAGUCAACCAAUAUGGUAAUUCGCUACAGUCAUUCGCAGCAGUAGCUUCUCAUAUGAACCAAAUACCGAAAGCCAGCGUAGUAGAUCAGUUAUUCGAAAGAUUGUUGGCCAAUAGAGCCUUCUCUGAUAAGGCUAUGAAAACUUUGAGGGAACUGUCCACCAAAAGGAAAUGGGAGCUUUUAUUGAGAGAAAAUGAAAAUAAUUCCAAUUUUGAUUUAGGAGCAAUGACAAGAUAUGUUUCUUAUAACUCUGAUGAUUCUAAAGAUGUGAAUAUGAAAUCUGGAAGUUCAAGAAAAACAUCAUUGAAUGAUGAGUUUGUGGAAGUGCUGAAUACAAGGAAGUCUAGUGAUUCUAAUGAAAAAGGGUAUUUUAAAAGAUCAAAAGUUAAAGAUGGUUCACCUGAAUGGUACGUGAUGCGUAUAAUAUCGGGAAAAUUAACAUUAAAGGAGUAUAAAAAGUUAGAAAAGAAACUAAAUGAAAACAGGCCAAUCAUAAAAGAAGACUUAACAUGGGUAAAUUGUUUCCAUAAGGCACAAGGAGAAGCAGCUCUCUCUGUUGUUCUUUCUCGAAUUAAUAGGAAGAGUAUCAAGUCCAAUGAAGAAUUUGAUAUUGAGUAUAUCAUUGUAAAGUGUUUUAAGAAUAUCUUUAAUGCGGAGCAAGUCGAAAAUGAGAGAGCUCCAUCUAGCAACAAUUUAUAUUCGCUGAUGAUACGGAACAAAAACCAUGUAAUUAGGUCAAUGAUUAAUUCAUUAAUUUCGCCUAAGAUGGCUACAAGAUUGAUUGUCACGGAGGUCUUCAUUUUUUUGACAUAUUUUGAGAAUGGUGUUGUUUUGGAGACAAUUUUAGACUCAAUGGUACAACUUCAGGACCUUCUUGGUGACUAUUCAAGGUUUGAACCCUGGGUAAAUACCUUGAAUUCAUUUGUAGAUUCUAGAGUUGAGAGGAUAGGCAACCAAGAAUCUUUCAAUUAUUAUUUGUUGACAAGUUUGUUUUUGAUCAAUGCCAUAAUAUCAAGUACCAAGGACAUCUCAUCACGAAUAUCGCUUCGUAAAGAUUUUAAUGAUUCUAGGUUAUUGAAGCUUUUUGACAAAUUAAGAGUUCUAAACAGCACUGGAAUCAGCGAAGAGAUUGAAAAAUAUGAAGAAUAUGCUGAACUAGAUUACACUUCGUUAGUAGAUAUUGGAGAACAAUUAUAUGGAAAUGUCAUUGGUGACUAUAGUUCUAUGAAUUUAACGACCCUUCUUGAUAGGCUCAACAAUUUAUACGAACCUGCUGGUGCAGAAGGUGUUGAUCAUGAAUUAAUUAGAAGAAUAAUGAUAAAUUUGUUGAUGAUACAUGAUCGAAGUCCAAUUGAAGCCAAACAUCUUUUGCAAUUACUUGAAUCAGUCUUACAGCACCUUAUAAAUGAAACAUCCAUUGUUUAUACGGAUUCUAGUUCAGUCUUAAACUUUUCAAUCCAAAGAUUAAUGGAUCGUCUAACAACGGAAGACACUGCUAACAGGGCCAUAUUAGAAAACCAUGAGCUUACCAAAGCCUUGAAAAAUUUAAAGGAAGCAAAACAUAGAGGUGAAUCGGAAGUUGAUAUUGAAUCUUUUGAUAAGUUGCAGCUUAAAUUACAGGCUAGUGAGAAAAAUAUCAUAAGUCAGCAGAAGUUAAUAUCAUUAUUGAAGAAGCGUUCAGCACUUUUGGAAGCGGAAUUGAAUAAGAAGUCAGGUUACGGACGUCAUGGUCAAUUAGAUAUUGAGAACUUCCCUUCAAUGAGUCCUACAGUUGAAUCAUCAGAAGACGAUCCGAUGGAUGAAUUUGAUUUUAAUUCAGUUCGUUCCAUUGCCACAAUUACGAAGCAACUUAGAGAAAGCGGUCAAUUUGAAAAUGACGGUCGUUUUUCAAAACCAUUCCCCAGAAGAGUGUCUUCGUCAUCGUCUGAUUUCAUUAGCAAAUCUGGCAAAGAAUUAUUUCCACAAUUAGGAAACAAAUAUUCUGUAUCUGCUUCAACAAAACCAGAGUUGAGAAACUAUAAUCAAGACUUUGACAGCCUGCAACCUCUUCAAGAUAUUCCGCCAAGCACGUUGAUUCUGUCCCUUCCUCAAAGUUUCAAUCUCAGUCCAGCAUCAAUUCCACCCCCUCCACCACCGCCACUUCCCUUGUUCUUAAGCACCGAGCAUGAAGGUGAAAAUAAAUCUGGACUUUCAUCGUCUCUGCAAGUAAUACAACCACCUCCACCACCACCACCGCUACCAGAAUUUAUGGCUAGUCCCAAAAUAUCUAAUGGUACAAUCCCACCACCUCCUCCACCGCCGCUUCCAUCAUUUAUGAAUAACAACAGUAUCCCACCAUCAUCUCCACCCCCACCACCUCCACCAUUACCAGGAUUCAUGAAUAAUGCUAGUAGCAGCAACUUAAAGGGCGCUACCGCAAUACCACCACCACCACCACCGCUUCCUCAGUUUAUGAACGAGAAUGACAAGAACAUUAUUCUAAAAGGUGCAAUUCCUCUUGCACCCCCACCACCUCCACCUCCACCUCCACCACCAACUACACUCUUUCCUGAACUGAAAAAUGAGAGAAAGCCAUUAGAUGUCUUAACGACAAACAUCUCAAUUCCUUCAAUUAAAACUGCCAAUCCAACAAAUCAGAAUACUGUGAACAAAAUGGUUCCACGAGGUGUGAGACCUAAAGCAAAAUUGAAACAAAUGCAUUGGGACAAGCUUAAUGAUAUUGAUCUGACAUUUUGGAAGGAUAUCGAAGUUGUCAAAGUAUCAGAUAUGUUACUAGAGAAGGGGG